AUGCCGCCAGAAGAAACUAUUGGCUCACUGGAUGCAGAAGCAGACAGCGGGGUCUCUACUGACGACACCGACUACGUGGAGCCCUCCAAGCUGCCUGGGACGUGGCCUAAGAGAGACUCCAUUCCCCGGGAUCCCUUCCAGGAUGACCUGGUGAGCCAUGAGUGGUCACGUAGCAAUCGCUCAGAUGCCAAGAGGGAAACAGCCAAGGAGACCAAAACUUGGACUUCAUGGGGCCAGCCAGAGAAAUCCACGUUAGAAGAGGCCCCUCAGGACCCAGAUGCCAAGCGUGGGCCUCCAACUGCCCCCAAACCACGAAAAUUGCCACCAAAUAUUAUCCUGAAAACCAGCAAAAACAGCCCAGUGCCACUCACCACAGAGCCCGGCCAGAAGGUAAAAGCACCACCUCCAUCCUCGGCCGGCUCACAGCCUGGCUCUGCCGGUGAUGCCGCUGCCGAAAAGACAAAUUCGGGGCAUCUCGACCCCAAGGAGAGGGAGAAAGCCCGGCGGGAGGCAUUGGAGAAGCUUGGACUGCCACAGGACAGGAGGGAGCCCAGCACCCAUCUUCAACCUACCAUGCAUCCCCAGCCAAGGGAGAUGGCAUUCCCCGUCCCUGGGGAGCCCGAGGCAUGCUGUGGAGCGGCAGAGAGGUCGGUGCCAGGUAUCCGGCAGAUGAGCUUCAAAUCCAACACCCUGGAGCGCUCCGGCGUGGGGCUGAGCAGCUACAUGAGCAGUGCCAAGGAGCAGAGCGUCAAGACCAGCAGUUCCCUGGGCAAGAUGUCCUUCAUCGAGCGGCUUGCCCCGAGCUUCCUCAGGAGCAGCCGCCCCCGGCCAGCAUCCCUCGGGGCAGGGAAGGACUUUGCUGGACUGAAGGAGCCUGGGCAGGUGGAGCAGGAGAAGAGCAUCAAGCGGCAAUCCCACCCGCUGCAGAGCUUCCCCAGGCCCUCCCGCUCCUGCAUCAGCGUGAAGAUUUCCCCCAAGGGCGCAACCGAUGAGAACCGGCGAGAGGCACUGAAGAAACUCGGUCUGCUGAAGGAAUAA